AGGUUGUAGACAGCCUUUUAUAGAGUCAAAAAAGCUUGAGAACCAUGAAGGCUAGUCUCUAAUAUAAGGGGGCUCUCUGGGAAGCCUCUAAAAUUAAUUGUGAUUAAUUGUGUAAACGUUUUGCAAAUCGUUUGAAAGCAUUUCCACUCUAGCGAGAAAUAGAGCACCUUUCCCUUUAAUUAGAAUGCGUGCAGCAGCCAGUGCGCAUGCGCACGAAAAGGUGCAACAGUGGCUGGAGAAAAACAACAACAUUCAUUGGAACAAGGGUGGAACUUAUGGCAGUGCGAGACGACACCAGAUUUCACUGAUCUAACCCACAUCUGAGCCCUUUUCACUUCGGCUUAAUCUGUAAAUGGUGUCGAGCCCAUGAACCUGGCCAGUCAGAGCGGAGAGGCCGGCUGCAGCCAGCUGCUCUUCGCCAACUUUAAUCAGGAUAACACAUCCCUAGCUGUUGGUACCAAGUCCGGGUACAAGUUUUUCUCCUUGUCAUCGGUGGACAAAUUGGAGCAAAUCUAUGAAUGUACUGACACAGAAGAUGUGUGCAUCGUGGAGAGAUUGUUCUCCAGCAGCCUUGUCGCUAUUGUCAGCCUUAAGGCACCUAGGAAGCUGAAAGUCUGUCACUUCAAGAAAGGGACUGAGAUAUGCAACUACAGCUACUCAAACACUAUACUGGCUGUAAAACUAAACAGACAGAGAUUGAUAGUGUGUUUAGAGGAGUCACUCUAUAUCCACAACAUUAGGGAUAUGAAAGUACUACAUACCAUUCGAGAGACCCCACCGAAUCCUUCCGGACUAUGUGCCCUGUCAAUCAGUAAUGACAACUGUUACUUGGCCUAUCCGGGAAGUGCAACGAUUGGAGAGGUACAAGUUUUUGACACGGUCAAUCUGAGGGCAGCUAACAUGAUACCUGCCCACGAUAGUCCGCUAGCAGCACUGGCGUUUGAUGCAAGCGGCACUAAAUUGGCCACAGCAUCUGAGAAGGGCACUGUAAUCCGAGUGUUCUCCAUUCCAGAGGGCCAAAAGCUCUUUGAGUUCCGGAGGGGAGUAAAGAGAUGUGUGAGCAUCUGUUCCCUCGCCUUCAGUAUGGAGGGGCUCUAUCUGUCUGCCUCAAGCAACACGGAGACAGUUCAUAUUUUUAAGCUGGAGACCCAGAGAGAGAAGUCAGUGCCUCAAGAGGAGCCCACUACUUGGACUGGAUACUUUGGGAAAGUACUGAUGGCCUCCACAACAUAUCUGCCUGCACAUGUAACAGAGAUGUUCACUCAAGGAAGAGCAUUUGCUACAGUCAGACUGCCCUUCUCAGGUCAUAAGAACAUCUGCGCUCUGGCCAUAAUCCAGAAGAUCCCACGCCUGCUGGUGGCUGCAGCAGAUGGCUAUCUUUACCUAUACAAUCUGGAUCCACAGGAGGGGGGAGAGUGCACACUAAUGAAACAGCAUAAGUUAGAUGGAAGUGCAGAGCCAGCGAAUGAAAUUCUUGAGCAAACCGCUCACGACCGGCCACUUGUGGCACAGACCUACAGUGCUGCUGUUGCCAAAGGUUACACUGAGGAUCAGGGGGCGGUAGGGGGUGCUGGAGUGGAGGAUGACAUGAACGCGCUGCACCUGGACGAAGAGAACGAGCAGCCUCCAUUAAUCCUGGAAACAGACUGAGCUGCUGCCAGUCGCGCCCUGGGCAGAAGAUGGAACCGACUGAGUGACAUUGCAGAGGGGGGGUUUCCUCCUCUGGUGCUGCUAUGGACAUGUGUGACCUGAUAGAGAAAGGGAUUAAAAGAGAGAUCAUUUUAAAGCAAGCCUAGCUGUAGCCUUAUUCUGUCUGUUGUUGCGUAUAGAUGUUUCCCAUCCCUCACCCUUGUGGCUUUAUAAAACCUGGUGAAUUUUUCUUUGCUUUCCUUUUUUUUAAUGCCCGGUUAUGUCCUUUAAUCAGACCAAAAUAUGAAACCCAAGCUGCCGGUGUCACGUUUCUUAGCUUUGCAUGUACAUGUGCCAAGAUUAGAAAUUCUAGAAAACCUUUGCUUUUAUGUGGAUGGCUCUGAUGUGUUUGCUGGCCAUUUCUCCUCUUGAACUUUGACAAACACUUGUGUGUUUGUGCAUUUGUGUCUUUUUCAAUUGUGAUUGAAAGCGAACUGGCUUGCGCCGCCUGCUACGUCACCACACAACUGUGCAGUGUCCGCGUUGUUGAAGUCCCUUACCAAUCAUCAACAUCUGUGGCUGUGCAAUGGCACCAAGAUGUGAAUAUUGUCCUGUAAUAACAAUGUAUAUGAUGUGUUAACAUGACAGCCUGCUUACAAUUACUGUUUGAACAGUGUUUUUAACAGGCUGAGAGGGUUGUUUUUAGUUUUAUCUUGAAUUACUGCAUCUGUUGUACGCACACAUGCUUUACAAUACUCUCUUUUAAUUAAUCCCAUGCCGCAUUGUGGGUAAAUGGGCAAUGUGGAGAUCAAAACUUUCUGUUUGGCUUUGAAUUACCCCUAGUGUCUUCAUAUGGCCUGAUUUCUUAGAAGAAUUUUCAUUAUUUUAAGUUACAAACACUUAAGUAACCUCAGUAGUAGAAGUGAUGACUGAUGAAGGCAUUUAAUAUGUUGAUUUGAGAGGGAACUAGCCUGUGAUGAACGUGGUUUCAAGAGGCAGUUAGUCAUCAAUGUGUUUCUAGGACAUUUUGUUUUAUUUGUAAUGAAAGAAUGAAUGAAGAAAUUAAGUUGAAUUCAUGCCCUGUCUCUUUGAUUUAUUCUUAAUACCAGCAGCUGAUGAUUGCUCAUGAGCCUCAUUUUAGGUAGGUCCCUAUUUUGGAGGCCUUGUCCUUUGCAAAGAGGAAAAGUAGAAUAUAUUUCACUAAAACAUCAAUCAUUAAUAAAAGGUUGCAGCAUUUAGUGCACAAAUGGGGUGUGUGCUCUCAGACAUCCCUGUGGGCUGCAGUCUGAACAAACAGGUCGCAUGGUCUGGCAGUUGAACCAGAACAGGUCAAAUGUUUAAUGUUAUAUCCAGGGCUCUUUUGAAAAAUGAGAGGACCAGCGUUUAUGAAUGUGAUUACCAAAUAUUCACGAAACACAAUGUUAGCCAGUGUGUCCAAAUAAGCACACAGGGCAAACAAACAGUAUAGGCAUUCGGAGAUACUGCCUGAUUUCUUGGAGCUCUAAAGGAUCUUGAGAUCAUUUUUAUGCAUGAUUGUCUCUUGAGCAUGUUUUGAUGUUGCAUAUCAACAAAUGUCAACGUCAGUGAUAAAUUGAUUUAUGUUCUCAUCAGCCAAUGAGACCUAAUCCCCCAAGGCCACUUUAAUCUGUUUUCUAAUGAUUUUUGUAUAAAAUGUAAAUCGUUCCAUAUAAAGAUUAAAUAAAUCCUCUGUUGAAAAUGUU